ACCGUCGCUCCUCAUUCCCGGCACCCACCCAUCGAAGGCGGGUGCAGGGCCUGCAUGUGUGGACGGUGAUCCUAAGUGACACGUUGGUUAGCUGUGUCUAAGUUGGCACUUUGGGGGUGCGGUAGAGGAAUGCAUCUUUCCCCCUUUCCCAAAAGAGUUUGCCAGAGCCCUGGACCUUUGGGGUGCUAAGAUGCCCACCUGAGAAGCGUCCAGGCCCCCGCCAACCUCGUCCACGUUCCUGCAUCCUGACUUCUGUGUCUUGUAGAGAGACUUGAACCCAGUGAAGCAGAGCCUCUGGGCUUAGCUGGAUGCCCCAGCCCAGCCUCGAUGCAGUCUGAAUCCAGCCCGUGUGAAGAGGAGACCCCCUCCUUCUUGUGGGGUUUGGAUCCAGUGUUUCUAGCCUUUGCAAAACUCUACAUCAGGGAUAUCCUGGGCAUGAAGAAGUCCCGCCAAGUGCCAGGUAUAUUUUUCUAUAACAACCACCCAAUAAGACAGGUAGAUAUUGUGGGAGUUGUUGUCGGAGUGAGAGAAAGAGAUGCUUUCUACAGUUACGGAGUGGAUGACAGCACUGGAGUUAUAAACUGCAUCUGCUGGAAAAAGUUGAGCAAUAGUGAGUCUUCAGCAGUGGCCCCCACAGCUGCAACUGCUCCAAGUACACCCAGAGAGCUGAGUGUGACCUCACAGCUUAAGAAACUACAAGAGACCAUUGAGCAGAGCACCAAGAUAGAACUUGGGGACAUCAUCCGAAUCAGAGGCUACAUCCGCACAUACAGAGAAGAGCGAGAGAUUCAUGCCACCAUUUAUUAUAAAUUAGACGAUCCCAUGUGGAACAUUCAGAUUGCAAGGAUGCUUGAGCUGCCCACUCUCUACAGGAAAGUGUAUGACCAGCCCUUCCGCAACCCAGCCCUAGAGAAAGAAGAGGCCUUGAGCAACAGCAAUCUAGGCUCUCUGGACCUCGCCAGUCUCACUUGUUUGCUGAGUGAGAAAGUCAAAGAAUUCCUCAUGGACAAGAGAGUGCAGACCUUCUAUCAGCAGGAAUUGGAAACUGUGGAGUCCUUGCUAGCCCUGGCCAAUCAGCCUGUGAUUCGUGCCCACUCAGACCAAGUGGAAUUGAAGAAUAACACCACUUCCAAGGCAAUUCAUAGUCUAUUUAAGAAUGCUAUAGAGCUGCUGCAGGAAAAAGGACUCGUUUUCCAGAAAGGUGGAAGUAACCUGUACUAUGUAACCAGAGAAAACAAAGACCUGCACAAAAAGAUCCUCCACAUCAUUCAAGAAGAGUACCAGAAGCCAAAUCACGUGGAGAAGGGCUGCCAUUUCUUGCACAUCUUGGCCUGUGCGCGCUUGAGCCUCCACCCAGACCUGAGCAAAGCUGUGCUGCAGCAAGUGCUAGAGCUCCUGGAGGCCAAGAGUGACAUCGUCAGCACCAUGGACCAAUACUACAUAGCCUUCUGAGCAGAGCAGCAAGUAACAGGACGAGCAUUUAGGGACUCCGAGAAGCUAAGGGAAGCUCUUGGAAAGCGUUUUUGAGUUAACUGCAGGCAUCCACUGCUUGUGUAGUGGAGACCAACCAGAGGAUGCCUCUGAAAGAGAGGGACCCCAAGCCAGCCUCCCCCAGCUCUCUGUAGGCAUGCUUCAGGGGUGUGGACACCCAAGUAGUUUAUGGAGCAAAAAGACAAGUGGUGCUACUGUCUGAGGAUUUGUUUGAAGAUCCAUGAUUACCCCAUCUGGUAAGCCACCAGUGUUCCUCAUCCCUCGAAGACACUUCUUUGUAAUUAUUCCCCUGUGAUGGUGUGCCAGGGCACUGGCCGGGAGCGCCGCGUGGGAUGAAGUCCAUUCAAAGAUGAAGAGCCCAAGACCCAAUGCAGAUGACUGAAACCAAGCAAACUUACAAUUUUCCACUGGCAGAAACAUCUCUCCUUUCUUAUUAAUGUGGUUUCGCUCACACAAGGGGCUUCUGGAGCAGUUUUCCCCCAAGAAACAUUGUUUCCUUGCUAAAUUGACAUGAAGCCUAUAGCUAACUGAGACCAUGAUGUGGCUUCACCAGGAGACAUCAGCAGGGGGCACUGGGGCCAAGUGAACCAUUCUGCCCGGGGGGGAUGGUGGUGGGACCAAGACCCUCACGGCUGGGUUCUGGAGUGCCUGGCAUUCUACUGGCAGAGCAGCCCGUACUCUUCUGAAUGGGUCUCCAGGUCAUCCAGAAAUGUAAUUCAGCCUAUAAUUAUUGUACUUUGGCCAUCUUCCUUUUUGCUUGGACCUCUGCCAUAUUAAGUGAAAACAGAGAAUUCACAGCACAAGGUUCUUUUUUUCACAAGAAUUCCAAAUCCAAUUAGAAAUUCCUCUCUGUCUAAAUUCUAUGAUUUUCCCGCUGUGACUUAAAAGAGAUCCCUAAGUUAAUAGGACUUUAAAUGGGUUACCAUAUGCUCAUGGUUUUUUGUUGUUGUUGUUGUUUGUUUUUGUAUUGGGUUAAAAUCUGAGUUCAAUUAAAGAUAUGCUGUUCUAUUAAAAAAUAAAUUAACAAUUUUCAUUUUGGAACAUAGAGAAACUUUGAAGAGCACAUGAUAGGUCUAAGAUUGUUUUUAGAUAGUGACAAUAAAAUAGCGUCUCAGUUCA